GAAGUUUUAUAGUCCUUAAUUCGGCUUGGGCCUUACUGGAUUUGGAGAUGUCCCUGUGUGUGAAGUGAAGGAACCUCCGCUGCUCUCGCUGUGCUCUCCCCCCCUCUCCGCACCCCAAUGGAGGCCGUCAAGCUGCAUUUAUCUAACAAAUCCUCCGAGGAGGAUGAAUAUUUGUUAGUCCUUGAGCUCUCGGAAGGAGACCCAUUUAUUGGGAAAAAGAAGAAAUUACUGGAAGACAAUGGCCUUCAUCCCCAGGGGCAUGUAUACUUGAAGAAUUCUUCUUGUUCGAAUUUGCUAAAUUCAACAUUAAAACUACUGCUUCAAAGUGCAAGGAUCGUAUGCCUGGAUGAGAUAGAACUUUACUUCAGCGAAGUUGAUGGAAAUUCUUCCAUGAGAUUUCACAAUCCUAGAAUUGAGCUGGAGGCUCUGCAUACAGUUCUGUCACUCAUUAAUAAAGCUCUAUCUAGUGGUAGUGAUACAGUAAGGGAUAUUCUGCAAACUUUGCGCGAUUCAGCUAUUAAUAUGAUCCGGGAACUUGGGGACAAAGUCAGACUGGAGACUAGAAUCACUACAAACCAUAGUUGUGACUAUGAGAAGCGCUUAUUACACUGGGCGGAGAGCAAUGGUGUUCGAACAAAAUUGGAGGUAGCUUACAUUGAGGGGGCUGGAAGAGGAGCUAUAGCGACAGAGGAUCUGAAAGUUGGAGACAUUGCAUUGGAGAUCCCUGUGUCUGUCAUCAUCUCAGAGGAGCUUGUUUAUCAAUCCGACAUGGAAUUGCUUCUUCUUCAAGAAUUGACAGAAGUUACAAAGUUCAACUUAGAAAAUAGAAGAAUCCAUUUCCCUAUCUUGGAAAAUAUUGAUGGUAUUUCAUUGGAGACAAUGCUGCUAUUGUGGAGCAUGAAGGAGAAGCACAAUAAUAAUUCAAAAUUUAGGUUCUACUUUGAUCCACUGCCUGAAGUGUUUAAUACAGGGUUAAGCUUUGGAAUAAAUGCAAUCAUGGCUUUGGAUGGAACCUUGUUGUUAGAAGAGAUAGUGCAUGCAAAAGAGGUUUUCAAUCCUUAUAUAAUAUUCAUCAUAAUUGACAUGUUGCAAUCAAUCAUUUCUUUGUGCUAUAAUGGAGAGCUCUACAUGUGGGAACAAUUCUUAUGGGCUUGUGAACUCUGGUACUCUAAUGGCAUGAAAGUAAUAUUCCCUGAUGGAAAGCUACACACAUGCUUGGUACCUGUUGCAGGCUUUCUGAAUCAUUCUCUCUGCCCGCAUAUUUUGCACUAUGGGAAAGUAGAUUUGGCUACAAAUUCCUUGAAGUUCCCCAUAUCAAGGCCAUGUGAUGCAGGAGAACAAUGCUACCUUAGCUACGGGAAGUUUUCGAGUUCUCAUCUAGUCACCUUCUAUGGUUUCUUACCAGGAGAAGACAACCCUUAUGAUGUCAUCCCUCUUGAUCUAGAUGCUGCAGAUACUGAUUGCUCCAGCAGCAGCUGCCCAAUGCCUAAUUGGACUAAUCAUAUGAUACGAGGUACUUGGAUGUCGAAGAACCAGAGGAUCUUUCACUAUGGGUUGCCACCACCACUUUUAGAUCAUUUCCGUAAAGCUGGGUCUCCCAUGUGCCAAACUGAUAAGCAUGAGAGAUUGGAAAAUGAAUUGUUUGUUCUAGAAAGCCUUCAUAGUACCUUUCAAGAUAUGUUGGAAACACUCGAUGACACAAAUCUUGAGGACAGCUAGAUGUGGGCUGGGGAGGAUGUCUCGCUCAAGGAUCAAUGGAUAUAUGCCUGCCUCAAAGCCACGUUGGCAUGUUCUUCCCUGCUCAUUAUCUGCUCAGCUAGCAGAAGAUAUUGACAACACAGAAAAUAGGAAAUAGAAAGUGGCUUCCAGGCAGGCAUACACCCAUUUAUAUCCUCAAGCUAGGUGUUGUCCACAGCCCUAACCCAGGCAAAGAAAGGCACCCCAGCAUUUGGGAGGUAAUUUGAGAGGAAAACAGUGACAUUCUAAGCCAGUCACGUGUGCAGAAACUGUUGGGGGUUUGGAAAGGGUGGCUAUGUAAACAAAACAAGUUUGGAGGGCUACCUAAAUGGUGUCAAAAAAUAAAAAAAGAAGCCCCAAAAUUAAGAUGCAAUUGAUGAAUGCUAGAAUUAACAAUUGUAACUAAUCAAAAGAGGAAGCAAUAUUUGCUAUUGUAGUUGUGGUUUGUAUUUUGGGGACCCCAUUCAGAAAAUGAGUUGGUUGAGGAACAGCUCUAUUAUCCAUUGCCAGAAGCCCCCAUUCAUACAUGCUAUAAACUCAAAAAGUUUUUUUUUUUUUUCUACCAAUAUGAGCUCUAUAUUCAGAACUCUCUUCUAUUAUGCAUCAUCAAUUAUUAAUUAGGCCCUAUAAACCCAAAGUUCUAGCGAUAUUAUCCCCCAGCUGUUACAAAUCUUAGUCAAGUUGUAGUAAGAGUGAAGCUUUCUUUUGGUAUUCUUGUUCUAAU